AUGUCUUUAGUUUUUAUUAUUUAUUUCUUCCUUUUUUUCACAAUCUCCCUUAUGAAUGCGUGUAUACCUACGCAACAAGUGGAAACCACUUCUGCUGCUCCGACAACGAUGACGGCAAUUGUGACAACUACAAGCACUGUUUCUCCAACAACAACUACUACAAUCACAACCACUACAACGACUCCCAUUCCUUGCCCAACAGACUGGCUAGGAUUUGCUAGACCCAGUGGACCGUGGUGCAUUAGGGUGUUUGUUGCUAGUGGAGAUCAACCAACCGCAGAUUCCCUUUGUAGUUCGGAGGGAGCAGUCCUCAGCUCAAUUCAAAGUCAAGAAGAACUCGACUAUAUGGCGAAUUCAUUCAUCGCUCUGAACGGUGCCAGUAGCGCAUUCUGGAUUGGCGCUGAGAGGACGGCCGCGUGUAUGUCAUCAGGAUUAACCGCAACAUGUACCAGACUAAAUUCGUUUUCAUGGACAGAUGGCUCAGCAACGGGUACUGCUGGCUUUGUGUGGAAUGGUAUUGAGCCAAACAACGGAGCUGGAAUGACUGAAUCUUGCGUUGUUGAGAACUAUAUGGCAUUAUUGUCUGAUCAACAAUGCACUAGAGUGUUUCCCGGGUAUGCCUGCGGUAAAGCUUCGUGAAAAAUAAUAACUACUCCUGUUUUUAUAAUAAUGAUAUGAUUAUUCUAAUUAAUAAAUUAAUGAAGAUUCAAAAUAAUA